GAUAAUUUUAUUAUAUUUUCCCCAACAAAUCGCCAACUCCAAUCCAGUCGGUUCCCUCCAUCCGGUGCGGAGUUCGUUUGGGCGCUCGCGUGCGAUCUCGCAGCGAAGCCAUGGGAGGGGGAAGCAUCCGUGCGGCCGCCAAGGCCGCGAUGGUCGGCGGCUACCGCUCCGCCGCAGCCGUGCGCCGCGCCAUCCUACCGCCCCAGUCUCCCCACUCCUCGGCCGCCGACAGCCGCCACGCGUCCACGUUUGCGGUGGACGAGUGGGUCAUCCCGGAGCGCGAGGUGUUCGGGCCCGUGCCCACCCGCGAGGAGGCCUCGGCCGCGGCGCUUGACCUCAGGGACGCCUUCGAGAUCGUUAAGGUUGAAUCUCAUAUUGCUGAUCCCAAGACACAUCUCUCGCCUAGCGACCUGGAUGAUCAUACAAAGGUUGCUCAGGAAAGUGCAUUUCCGGAACUUGUUCUCUCUGAAAACUCUGUUCAUCCAGAAACACCUAAGCAGGAAGAUAGCUACGAAAAUUUGCUCGUUACAUCUGGAGCCCCUGGACCUGUUGUUCAAGCAUUCACAUUGCUACAUGAGAGCCCUGAAGUUCAGGAUGUUGUUGCCUCACUUGCUUCAGAUAAGAAUGUCUGGGAUGCUGUGAUGAAGAACGAAGAGGUUAUGAAGUUCUACAAGACAUACGAGACAAAGUUCAGCGACUGUUCUAGUGUUACUACAAGCGUUACCGAAAAUGAGGUGGAGGAUGGUGAGGCAGCCAGUUCCGAGUUCUCUCCAAGCGCUGGAGAAUCACUUAAGGAUUAUGUGGAGAAAAUGAAGGCACUGCUGUCCGAGAUAGUGACCAAUCUUUCAAGCAUGAUGCAAGAUCUGGUCGCAACCUCGAACGAGGGCCGUUGCAAGGGAAAGCUGAAGACCAUGAUCAUGAGCUCCAGCAAGGAUUUUGCAAAUGCACCAUCAGCAUUUGUUCUUUUGGCUAUUGCAUCGAUCGUGGUAGUUUUGCUUAAGCGUGCUUAGGUCAAAUAGAAUAUAUAAAGAGAACUUCGAUCAUCGCGUGCACUUUACCAGUUUAGCUGGUACGCGAUCGUCGCGAAGUGCUAUCGUCUUUGCUGCAGAUCCAUGCAAGGUGGUACCGUGUUGCAUUUUUGAGAUCGCAUUGUUGCAUUGCAAUUAAGUAGCCCAGGAUGCCUUUCGGGUUCAGUAAAACAUUCUUCAAAAAUGGUAAUCUAAGAGCAAGCAAAUGAUACAGAAAGAUG